ACACUGACUACCAGUAUGCAAAUUAAAAUUAAUUUAUUCGGCCAUCAUGCAGUGACGAAAUAGCGAUCCAAAGGGGCAACGUAAGCGAAUCUCGGACCCAUGAUGCAAAUAAAGCGUCUUCUGUGCAAGUCCUGCAGCCUGGGCACCCUUCUUGUGUGCAUCGUCUGGCUGCUGGCGCUGCUCUUCUACUCUCACAGUCUGGGGAGCUCCAUUCGAUCGGCGGGCUGGAAGAUCGACGCGGCGAACGCCACCCCAAGGGCGGAGCUAAGCUUUCAAGCCAGGGUCACAACCGGAUGCACACCUAGCCAAGGCGGAAAUGGCACCAGGGACUCCCCAGCUGAGAAUAAGGACUCGCCUGGCGAGAAACUGGAACUCUUGGGAGUGGUGCGCAACAAGCAGGACAAGUACAUUCGCGACAUUGGCUAUAAGCACCAUGCCUUUAAUGCACUGGUGUCGAACAACAUUGGGCUCUUCAGGGACAUACCCGACACUCGGCACAAAGUCUGCGACCGGAGCGAGACUUCCGAAGGAGAGAACCUUCCGCAUGCCUCCGUGGUUAUGUGCUUCUACAACGAGCACAAAAUGACCCUGAUGCGGUCAAUUAAAACGGUGUUGGAACGUACUCCUAGUUACCUCUUAAAGGAAAUCAUCCUUGUGGGCGACCACAGUGACUUGCCCGAACUGGAGUUCCACUUACAUGCGGACCUGCGUGCCCGUCUUAAGUAUCCGAACCUGCGUUACAUUAAAAACGAGGAGCGAGAAGGCCUAAUCCGCUCCAGAGUGAUUGGAGCCCGUGAAGCCGUCGGCGAUGUUCUGGUCUUUCUGGACUCGCACAUCGAAGUGAACCAGCAGUGGCUGGAACCUCUCCUGCGGCUCAUUAAAGCGGAAAACUCCACUCUAGCAGUUCCUGUCAUAGAUCUUAUUAACGCCGACACCUUUGAGUACACACCCAGUCCCUUGGUGCGUGGAGGAUUCAACUGGGGCCUUCACUUCCGAUGGGAGAAUCUUCCAGAGGGCACGCUCAAGGUGCCCGAGGACUUCCGCGGCCCAUUUCGUUCCCCCACAAUGGCCGGCGGGUUGUUUGCAGUGAACCGAAAGUACUUCCAGCAUCUUGGCGAAUACGACAUGGCCAUGGACAUCUGGGGUGGCGAGAACAUUGAGAUCUCGUUCCGGGCCUGGCAGUGUGGUGGUGCCAUAAAGAUUGUCCCCUGCUCCCGAGUUGGACACAUCUUUCGCAAGCGACGUCCCUAUUCCUCCCCGGAUGGAGCCAACACCAUGCUAAAGAACUCACUGCGAUUGGCCCACGUCUGGAUGGAUGACUACAAGGAUUACUACAUCAAGCAUGAGAAGGUGCCCAAGGAUUACGACUACGGAGACAUCAGCGUCCGAGUGAAACUUAGGGAGCGCCUUCAAUGCCACGACUUCUCCUGGUACCUGAAAAACGUCUAUCCGGAACUGCGGGUGCCCGGCGAAGAGUCCAAGAAACCGGCUGCAGCACCCAUCUUCCAGCCUUGGCACUCGCGAAAACGUACCUAUGUCGACUCGUACCAGUUGCGCCUGGCCGAAACGGAACUCUGUGCCGCCGUAGCGGGUCCGAAAGUAAAGGGCUUCUGGAAGAAGGGAAGCCAGCUUCACCUGCAGCCCUGCAAGCCGAUCCCCAGCCAGCUAUGGUACGAAACGGACAAGGCCGAGAUAGUUUUGGACAAGCUGCUCUGCCUGGAGGCGUCGGGAGACGCCCAGGUCACAGUAAACAAGUGCCAUGAGAUGCUCGGUGACCAGCAGUGGCGUCACACCCGCAACUCCAACAGCCCCGUCUACAAUAUGGCUCUGGGUACCUGCCUGCGAGCAGCUGCUCCGGCUUCUGGGGCCAUCAUAAGCCUCGAUCUCUGCUCCAAGACGGGUGGAGGUGGCGGCGGAGCCUGGGACAUUGUGCAGCUAAAAAAUACGGAGGCGGGGAAUCCCAAAAAAGCGGACAAGGCGCUAUGAGCGGCAUGAACAACAAUCGUAUUGCAAUAUUAGACUGAUAACUGUUUAGGUGCAAAGUGUAUUAUGUUUAAAUAGUCAGUAUUUUUCCAUAAAAUUAAAUAAAAACACAGGGGUUUUAUAAAUGCUUAA